UUGUGGCGCGUGAUGGUGUCAGCGCGUGCAGUGAGUGUCUGUGUCGGUACAUUAUAAAUCUGCCGUUUCUGAAAUCAAACACGCGCUUUGUGAAUGUGUGUGAUCGCGUGAAAAUGUUUGUGUGUUUUAUGAGGAGAACGCGCUGGUUGAGACGCGUCGCGAGCAGAAGCGCGUGCACGCGAGAGCUGGAGCCGCGCGUCAGAUUCGCCCCCAGUCCAACAGGGUUUCUGCAUCUUGGCGGUCUCCGUACAGCUCUGUAUAACUAUCUGUUUGCCAAGCAGCGCGGCGGCACGUUUAUUCUGCGUUUAGAAGACACUGACCAAACGAGAUUGGUACCCGCAGCCGCUGAUGCCAUCGAAGAUAUGCUGGAGUGGGCAGGAAUCCCGCCAGAUGAAAGCAGACGGAGAGGAGGCGCUUGCGGUCCGUACGUUCAGUCUGAGAGACUUCAGCUGUACGCACAAGCGACAUCAUCACUGCUGCAGUCUGGACACGCCUACUACUGCUUCUGCACCAAUCAGAGAUUAGAGCUGUUGAAGAAAGAGGCCCAGAGGAGUGGACACGUGCCGCGGUAUGAUAACAGGUGUCGCCAACUGCACCCAGAGCAAGUGCAGGAGAAAUUGUCCCGAGGAGUCGCGCGCACUGUUCGGUUUAAACUGUCAGCUGGCACCGAGCCAUUCAAGGAUUUGAUCUUCGGCUGGAACAGACAUGAUGUGGCAUCAGUGGAGGGCGACCCAGUCAUCCUGAAGAGCGACGGAUUUCCCACAUAUCACCUGGCGAGCGUGGUGGACGACCAUCACAUGCGCAUCAGUCACGUGCUGCGCGGCUGCGAGUGGCUCAUCUCCACCUGCAAACAUCUGCAGCUGUAUCGCGCGCUGCGCUGGACUCCGCCCUCUUAUGCUCACCUGCCGCUGCUGCUCAACCGCGACGGCAACAAAUUGUCCAAGCGUCAGGGCGACAUCUUCAUCCAGCAAUUUAGAGAACACGGCACGCUGCCCGAGGCACUGCUCGACAUGAUCACACACGCCGGAUCAGGAUUCAACAGUAAUCGUAUUGGUCGACGUCUGGAUGAAUUAAUCGAUGAGUUCAAUAUUUCCAAAAUCACGACUCACUCAGCUCUGCUGGAUCUGGACAAACUACCUGACUUUAACAGAGUUCACCUUCAGCACAGGAUUGAUGAUGAGGAUCAGUGUGUUCUAAUGGCAGAUGAGUUGCGCCGGCUCGUUCUUCACACACACGGAUCUCAGAUGAGCGACUGUGACGUUCUGCACCCACAGUACAUGCAGAGAAUCUUGCAGCUCAGGAAGGGUCACAUCACUUCAGUUCAGGAGCUGCUGGAUCCCAUGUAUUCUUACCUGUGGCUCCGCCCACAUGUUACCCGGCAACAGCUACAGGAAGUGACAUCAGAAGCAGCAAACAUCAUCGCAGCGGUCAUACAGUUGGUUCGGGGUCAUGGGUCACUUGUGUGCACUGAGCACUUGAACUCUGAACUGAAACUGAUCACCAACAAACUGAAGAACACAAAAUACAACAUCAUGAUGAGAGUGUUGAGACUCACACUGAGUGGACUACAGAAGGGUCCGAGUGUCGCAGAGAUGAUUGUGUGUUUGGGUGAACAGGAAGUGUGUGUUCGUCUGCAGGCGGCUCUGGAACACUGACUCAAACAGUUGUGUAAUAACUGAUGUAAAUACUGAUGUGGUGUGCAGUUAUUGAUCAGUGCAUCUGCUGUUAUAAAUGUGUAAUAGAGACUGUGAGAGUGAUUAUCAGUGUUUAAAGUGUGCUAGUUUCUCCCACUGAUCAACAGUAAUAAUACUGGAGUGUUUAAAAAACACUUUAACAGUAUCUAACCCAAUGAUCAUUGAGCGACUGAACUUUCAACCUUGUAUAAUCAAAUGUUAUAUACAGCUUCAAUAUUUCUACAGGAUCUGAUGUUACGUUUCCUCCAGGAUGAUGAUGAUGUAUAUUCUUUUGUUUUCUUUCUACAUAAAAAAUGUGUCAGAACCGCAAAAACGUUUGUUUGCCAUUAUUGUUUUGAUAUUGUCACUUUUAAUUUACGUUUUAUCAUUUGUAUGUCACAGUGAAAAGUGAUUUGAAAUUAGCGCAUUAAAUUAAUUCCUGAAAUGCUUCAUAUUUCACCCAUGAAAAACCAAUCUAAUCUUCCAGCAGUGACUGAGUUGUGUAUUAAAUUCUAGAUUCCCAUCAUCAUAUUCGUUAUGAUUUAUUG